AACAAUUUUUUUGCCACUUCUUAUUAUUUUUAACACUCUCUAUUACUUUUCCAAAGAGAUAUAACAGGUUUAAAGUUUCCGAUGUUGGCCUAAAAAUUGAAACUUAAUCAGCAAACUCACAAACCAGAUCUUGCAUAUUUUCUUAAUUCACAAGUUUGUUAAUUCAUUUCAUUUUUAUUGGGCCACUUCCAUAAUUGUUUUAUUGGUGACUUAUGAAAGAAUGGCCCAUUGGUCCAUAUUGUGUAUGUUUUUAUAUUGUAUCAUGUAUUGCAUAAUUUAAAUUUCCGGUCCCGAUCUGAACCAAUUAAAUAUUUUCUUAAUUUUAUAGAGAGAAAAAAUGAAUCACACAAGUACUAAUUCCCCAGCUGAUACAGGAUGGAGUGGGAGGAAAAGUGAAAAGCAAAAUAAUGGUGUAUCGGACGAUUUUCUAUAUGAUAAUAUUCUUUGUGAUAACCCAGACGAAAUUAAAUCUGAGGAAGUUUGUUAUGUCCAAGAUGAAGAAAGCCAAGAUUGUUUGUAUGAUGAUAUACUUAGUUACAAUCUUUCUGUUGUCAAAAAACCCUCUGUGUCUUCAUCUGUCCCUUACAAAUACAACAACCCCAGCAUAGUUUCAAGCAUCGCUUCUAAUCUCUCAGUCCUUCCAACAAGCUCGACAACUUCUUCCUCAUUGCCAGUCGUCACGUCGGUAGAAACUAACUAUUCAGACAGUAAACUUCUGAUUUCUAUAGAAGCACUGACUGCUCGAAAUAAAGUGCUGGAAAGAAAUUUUUUAAGUCUUGUUCAAACUUGCAGAAGAGAGAUCAAAUCUAAAAACCAACAGAUUAAAGAUCUAACCAGGGAAUUGGAAGAAAUACUGUUUCGACGUGCUGGUCCUUUACUGACGAAGAAUGAUUUUGAGAAAAUACUGCGGAGAACUCGUCCUCCCUGUGAUUUCUCCUGCUUGGGUGCACCUCCUCGUAUUAAUGAGGAGACCUCAAAAUUAGGUUCGAAAACUUCGAAAGUAAUUUCAAAUGAGAAUUUGUCUAAUGAAUCUAAGAAAAAGUCUAAUGAAAGUGUUCGGGGUUCAAGAAAUACCGAGAUUAAGUCACGGCUAGGCUGGAGAAAGGACAUUUCAUCUAAAGAUAUAAAUGGAAAGAAAAAUAAUGUACGGGAAGAAAGCUCCUCAAAACUUGACGUAAUCCAGUUGACAGCUGACUCAAAUCGUUACUUACGAAAAAAGACUGGUAUGCCUCUAGUUCUUUCAGAAUUAAGUGAGAGCUUAUCGUGCAAUGUAAAAGAUGUCAGAAAAUUAGAACCAGAACCUCAAGAUAAAUUAUCCAGCGGUGACUCAGUUAAACAACUAUCAAACCCGGCCUCUAUGUUAGAUAAUGAUUUGACCCCUGAACCAACCUCUAACUCUAUUGAAGAGCCUGGUCUAAAGUUAUCUGUAAAAUCAUCAAAACAUCAUAAUAUUAGAGAAAAAAGUCUAGGCCUAAACCAAGUCAUCGAAACAAAAUCUCUUAUUCCUAGCAAUAUUUCUAAUUCUACGCAACCUACUGGAAACAAGUUUUCAUCUGACCACGUUGUUAAAAUGUCCGCUCAAAUUGCAAGACAGAACCCAGAACAAAAUCAACAAAUGUCCCGAAUUGAGGAGAACGGUGGUUCAAAAACUUUCCCAUCUGACGAUCAAUUAGAUGGGAAAGAAUCUCAUGAGGCUUUAAGUAUUGUAAGAGAACCUGCGAAUUUUCCUAGACUUGAAGCCGCAAAAGCUGCAUGUCUCUCAAAGGAUAAACCUUGUCAAAAUGCAACUAAAAAAUACAACAAAGACGAAAUGAAAAAGCACAACAAUUUGGGUUCGUCCGUUUCUGCUGGUGCAGAGAAUAGAAUAAAUUCACUCACUGUCAUUGAUAUAUUUCAAAUAGAAAAUCUCCAGAGCCCGCAAAAUAUGAUUAAAAGCAGGUUGAAAAACUCUGCCACAGUGGUACAAGAAGUACAGGCGUCGUCAACUGCUAAGUCCGGAGUUGAGAUUCCAAAAGAAAAACUAGAUUCUACACCAGAAUCAAAUAAAACUAAAAAGAAAGCUGUACAAAUUUUCUCAAGUGUCAUAAGAAAUCCAGAAAAGGGUGUUAUGGAAUCAUUUAUGGAUAAAAAUUCUCCAUCGGGAAAUAGGAAACCUGAAAUAGGAUCUCCAACCAACAAAUCUUCACAGUCUUUUGAGAAUGCCACCUGGAAAUGUUUACUUUGUUGUCUGGGUUUUAGAACACGUAAGGAGUUAAGAGACCAUAGACGGGAAUAUGACUGCUGUAAAAAAGAACGAUCAGGAACAAAGAAAUCAUCAGAAAUUGAAAAUGAAGACAGAUCAGUUUCAGACUCGAUGUCACAAUCAUCGUCCCCGCUGCAACUAAAGUGUUCCGGCGAGGAAACGAGGCUAAUACUUAAACCUAAAGAUAACCAAGAAAAUAGUAGACCCAAAUCAGAAUUGAUUGACCUACAUCAGAAGAAUCUAACUGAACUUGAAGAAACGUUACCCUGUCCGGAUUUACCUAAAAAUGCAGAACAAGAAAUUAUUGAUGAAGAGUUAAGGAGGGCAAUAAGGUCCAUUACUCCUGCAGAGGAUACAGAAGACGACUUACUCUUAGUUCACUUAGAUGAAGAUGAGGCAAUUUUCGGAUCGGAUGAAGAAGCAGAGGUUAAGAUCGGAAUCUCUGAAAAAGAUGUUGUAGCCAAGAAUGUAUCUACAUCUAGAGUGAUAAAUCCCGUACAAAAGAAGUUAUUGAGCCUUGCUACUUCGAGUCAAACCCCUACUGUGAAUGUAUCUAAAGAUUUUAAGAUACCAAGAAAAACAGCAAAGCCAGAAAGAAGUCCCAGAACGCCUGAUCAAGAGAACAGAACACCGAAAGAUUACUUAAAACCAAAUGCAGGUCAAAGAGAUAGUUCUUGUGAGAAGAUAAAAAAGAGACGAAAAUCUAUUAGUCCAAAAAUUAGGGACAAAACUAGGUCAAGAGGAAGAUCAAGGUCUCCUAGAAAUAGAUCUACGAGAACGCGAGGUCUUCAGUCUCGUGGGAGAUCCCAAACUCGAAAAAAUGAAGAACCUUCGUCCAAAGGGAAAUGUACUCCAAGAAAUAAGAAGAGAUCUAGAAGGGAUAGCUCCCAAAGGCCAAGUAACAAACGAUCAAAGUUAGAAAGGAGGUCACAAUCAUUGUCUCCAUCAAGGUUGGAAGAAGACUCCGUAAGUUUGGCAACUUUGGAGGAGACCAGAAACAACCUUCUACGCAUUCUUCAUGAUGAUAUAGAGGAUGGAGAGAUUAUGGAUUCCGAUCAGGAAUGUCUUUUGAUUGUACGUGAAAAUGACAAAGUCGCCGAAGAGAGUAAGAAAACUAAUUCUUUGACUUCUGAAUCGUGUGGGCCCCGUUUAAAGAAAAAGAGAAAAAUCAAGGAAAGGUCUUCAGAUGAUGUUGAAAAGUACAGAGGAGAUAAAGAGAGAUUGUUCCCAAAACCUUCCAUAAAGCCAAUUAUACAACCUGGCAAAGAGAUUAAAAAGUCUGGACCAGCAACAAAACAUGGAAAUACAGCAAAUGACAGUGGAAGCGACAAAGAAAACUCUAAGAUCAAGAAAUCUCAAACAGUUCAUUCAAGUCAUGUUGAAGAUUCUCUCCGGAUAACCCGGGAAAGCCUGUUGGUGUAUACAGAUGAAGAUAUAAACCACAGAAUCAUUCCAUUUAAACAAAAGCAACUUAUGGAGCUAUCUGCAGAGGAAAGAAGUUUAAAGGAUAUGAUUCGUUCACGAAGCCGGAGCAAGUCCAGAACUCCGUCCCGGAAGAAUAGUAACAGUCUUGAUGAGAGUAAGCCUACAGUGUCUCCGCUAAAGUUGUGUCUGCGGAGUCUCAAAGAUGGUGAUAUUAGAGAACCAAGCUCUAGCAGUGAAUCUCUCCAAGAAUGUGCUAAAGAACUAGACCUGGCGCAAUUAGAAACUAGUGUUACGGGCUCGUUGGUAGAAGAAAGUGAUAAUGCAGUUUUCGACAACAUAUCUUCAUACAGAGAAAAAUCAAAAAAACUAGUUUCAAACAGUGAGAUUAUUAGUGGGGGAAAUACCGAUUCAGCAAUGAAUAGAGAGGCUCCCAUCAAACAGGUUCUGAACGACCUGGCUUUGUCAGAAAGCGAAACGGAUUCUCCGAUAAAAUCUAACACAAAAAGCUUGUUUUCCCCAACAUCCUUGACCUCGCCAUCUCUAGAAAUCAAUCAUCCUGUAACACCUAGAUGUCUUCCAGCUUCGUUAAAUCCUAUAGAUACCACCAGUGCCGAGAGUAUAAGUGAUAUCCUGCGAUCUCCGCUCUACUCAUUUAAAAACAAACCCUCAGAUUUGCCUUCCCUGAAAAAUGUUGAACAACCAAUGGAAAGAAAAAUUGAUAAACUUGAUUUAAAAAGAGCUAAAAAAACGAGGAAAAGAUUAAGUGUUGGAGGUUCCUCAUCUGUUAUAUCUGUAGUUAGUGCACCAUCUUCAUCUAGUAAUAAAAUAGGAAGGGAGAGCAAAACCUACGAAUCUACGAUACUUGAAAAUCGGGUGCAAAUCGCAAAUGGAAUAUUUGAGUCCAAUGUUAAAGAUACAUGUGAGCCUAAAGCAACUAUUUGUGAAAAUACUUCAUCAAAAUACCUUCAUGAAGCUGAUUCUUCAUCCAAAAAUAUCCAAGCUACGCCCCAAGAAGAGGUGAAUGCAUCAGAAUUGAAAAACAAAGCAAAUGCGAUUAUACCUUCUCCUAUAUUAAGCUCUAUAUCAAGAGAUAAUCAGGAAAGUUCAAGUACUCAAGAACUGAAACAGAAGUGUGAUGCUUCAGAUCGUCAGAUGAAAAAGAAAAAAAGGAGUAAGCUCAGCUUCAGUUUGACCACGCCCGAAGUUCUUUUUGUUCAUUCAGAAUAGCUGAUUUAUGCACCCUUGUUCAUGGUUUGACGUUUGUAUACUGUUUUUAAGUGAAUUCAAAUUAUUUUGUCUUUGUAAUUUUAAGGAGAGUAGAGGAAAAACGUGUAUAUUGAUUAAACUUAACACAAGUUUAGAUAAUAAUAAUAAAUUCUAUGUAUGAUUGAAAGCCAAAUUGAAUUUGAAAUUAAAUCUUAAAGUUGGAAGAGUUACAUUUAGUGUUUAGACGAUUCAGACAAAUAUGGUCUAAAUUACUUAGUUCAGGAAAUACAUCGACUUGUUUUGCGUUUGGACGACUUCGUAUCGUUAAUUGUUUUUUGAAAUUUUAAAAUUUUAGAUAACUAAUUUAUGUUGUAUACAAACUACAAAUCUACACAUUCUUGCUUAUGUGAAAUAUUUUUAUAAAACCUACUUCUCUCAAAUGAAUGGUUCAAAUGAAUAAAAAUGUAGAGCGCUAACGGCAAAAUAAUGUGUACAGACAAAUCAACUUACCACUACAAAAUAUAUAUGUUACACUAUUCA